AUGGAGACGGCAGCGGCACCUACCACGGCGCCGCACGUGCUGGUGGUCCCCUUCCCGGCGCAGGGCCACACGCUGCCGCUCCUCGACUACGCCGCCCUGCUCGCCGCGCGGGGCCUCCGCCUCACCGUCGUCACCUCGCCCGCCAACCUCCCGCUGCUCUCGCCUCUCCUCGCGGCGCACCCCGGCGCCGUCAGCCCGCUGACCCUCCCGUUCCCUUCCAACUCGUCUAUCCCCCCGGGUCUCGAGAGCGUCAGGGGCUGCCCCCCGGAGUACUUCCCCGUCUUCAUCCACGUGCUCACCGCGCUCCGCGAGCCGGUCCGCGCGUGGGCCACGUCGCGCCCGUCGUCCGAUGACGACCCCAUCGUCGCCGUCGUCGCCGACUUCUUCUGCGGGUGGGCGCAGCCUCUCGCCCGCGAGCUCGGCGCCGCGGGCAUCGUGUUCUCGCCGUCCGGCGUCCUCGGCGCCGCCGUCCCUCACUCGCUGUUCCGCCAACUGGUGAGGCGGCCUGCUGCUGCCGAGGGCGGCGGCGAGGAGUCCAGCGUCGUCACGUUCCCGGCGAUCCCCGGUGAGCCGGCGUACCGGUGGAGAGAGCUCUCGAUGCUUUACAGGUGGUACGUCGAAGGCGGGGAAGAAGACGAGCAGAAUCAGGGCGGAACGGAGACUGCACGUUUGCGUCUUGACCGCGUUCAGAUGGGACGGCUCCUGCUCGCCGAGGAGGACUGGCUUGAGAAGCACAAGCAUCGUUUCCAUCCCGGGGCCAAGCCGGGUGGAAGUGGUGGCGGCGCUGGUGGCAGUUCGUCAAAGGGCAAGGCGGUGGCGCGCUCUGACGGCGGUGCCUCGGGCCCGAUCAAAUUGACCUCCGAGGGCACGCCGAUGAGGAAGGGGCGAUGCCGCAACUGUGGCAUCUACGGCCACUGGGCGGAGGACUGCAAGCGCCCAAAGAAGGAGAGAAAGAAGGAAGGGCGUGCACCGGAGGCGCGUGGCGGUCGGGCGGCGCCGACAUGCUAG